AUGACCAAUUUUGUUGAUCCCAGGUGCUUUUGGAGAGCAAAUUUGAAUGAAGUCAACGAUAGAGACUUGGGGAUCACUUGUUCCUUCUUCCUUGGAGCAGUUAAGAUGCCUAGUGAGAAAGAUUUUUUCCACCAGACUGAAUAUCCUUUCCUUCAGCUUACCUAUGGACCAUUCUCUUCCUUCAUCAGUGAUGAUGAACAAUUUCCCUAUCUCUAUCAGAUGGCCCCAAAGAACACACAUCUAGCAUUGGCAAUGAUAUCCUUCAUAGUUUACUUCAACUGGAAUUGGGUUGGCCUUGUCAUCACUGAUGAAGAACAAGGCAAUCAGUUUCUCUCAAAACUUAAAAAAGAAAGUGAAAACAAGAAAAUUUGCUUUGCCUUUGUGAAAAUCGUUUUGGAAGAAACGGUUUUCUAUCAUAAAACUGAAAUGUACUUUAAACAAAAUGUGAUGUCAUCCACAAAUGUUAUUAUCAUGUUUGGGGAAACAGAAACUACUAUUGAUUUUGGAUUCAGAAUGUGGGAAUCUCCAGUUAUACAGAGAAUAUGGGUCACUACAAAACAAUGGAAUUUACCUACCAGUAAGAGAGACUCAACUCAUGGCACGUUCUAUGGGACACUUACUUUUCUACGCCACCAUGGUGAGGUUUCUGGCUUUAAAAAUUUUGUACAGACCUGGUACAGUCUCAAAAACCCAGAUUUAUAUCAGGUAAUGCCAGAGUGGAAGUAUUUUAAUUACGAAGCCUCAGCAUCUAAUUGUAAAAUCCUGAAGAACUAUUCAUCCAAUACCUCAUUGGAAUGGCUAAUGGAACAGACGGUUGAUAUGUCCUUUAGUGAUGUUUCCCAUAUCAUAUACAAUGCUGUGUAGGCCAUGGCCCAUGCAAUCCAUGAGAUGAAUCUGCAACAAAUGGAUAUACAGGCAAUAGACAAUGGGAAAGGAGCUAGUUCUCACUGCUUGAAGAUAAACUCUUUUCUGAGAAAGACCCACUUCACUAAUCCUCUUAUGCCAUCCUGUGUGUGCAGUGCAGAUUGUGGUCCUGGAUUCAGAAGAUUGUGGAAGGAGGGAAUGGCAGCCUGCAGUUUUGUUUGCAGCCCCUGCCCUGAAAAUGAAAUUUCUAAUGAGACAAAUAUGGAUCAGAGUAUGAAUUGUCCAGAAUACCAGUAUGCCAACACAGAACAAAAUGCAUGCAUUCAGAAAGGUGUGAUCUUUCUAAGCUAUGAAGACCCCUUGGGGAUGGCUCUUACCUUAAUAGCCUUCUGUUUCUCUGCAUUCACAGCUGUGAUACUUUGGAUCUUUGUGAAGCACCAUGACACUCCAAUUGUGAAGGCCAAUAACAGAAUCCUCAGGUAUAUAUUACUCAUGUCACUCAUGUUCUGUUUUCUCUGUUCCUUCUUC